AGCACCACCCAUCAACUGCUAGACCACUUACUUCAGUUGCAAAAUAUUUGAGAAAAUGCUAGACAGCACGCCAAACUUGACCCAUUUUUCUAGGCGCCUGAGCUAUGUAUUGAUGCGGCAAAUACUUAGUUAUGGAUCCUACUGUGAGUGCGUUUGAUGCAAAUCCACCAUGCCAUCCUAAACAUCAUGAACCAGAUGAGACUGAUGGAAUCUGAUGGGAGUUCAGAGAUCAAACAAGUUGAACAAAGCUGUAGUAAUAAGACAGACUCAUCAGCGAAGGAAACGAAAAAAGGAAAGGAAAAGGAAAUUGCAGCAAGAAAAGGUGGAAGAACAAGGCCUCCACUUAGUUUCUUAUCCAUUUUGAAAGAUGCAAAUAUAGAAAUUGACAUGUCUUGCCCUCACAAGCUCUGCGAUCUGCUCUACGCUGGCGUUUACUUAAAGCCCAAUACUCUGAAGUAUUUUGUGGACAAGAAGUCAAACAAGAAUUGCUUCGCUCUAUUUCCAAGAGAAUUUUAUAUAUGUUGGGGUGAAAAUCCUAAAUAUUGGAAAUGGACCAAAGAGAAGGAGCCCAGUGGUGAAGACAUUGAAGUGGCAGAGUUACUAGAUGUAUGUUGGUUAGAAGUUAGAGGGAAGAUCGACACAAUUGAUCUCUCACCAGGAGCUCUGUACGAAAUUGUAUUUGUCUUAAAGGUGUACGAAAAUCCAAAUGAUGACAUCGAAAAAAAACAUAUAUCCAACUACACGUUGACGCUUACAAUCAUUCCGCCACGUGUAAAAAGGCUAUCACGCCAAGCAAUUUUAAAAGAAAAUCUGGCAGGAAACUGGUUUGAGAUUGUCGUGGGUGAGUUUAUAAUGUCACCGGAAAAUGUUGGAAUCAUGGAAUUCAGUAUAGAGGAAUAUACUCCUACCUGGAAAAAUGGUCUUACUGUCAAAUGUGCUAUCAUUCGACCCAAAAAAUGAGUCAAUAUUUGGAUGCACUUUGUGUAUUUUAUUGUACGGUAUCCCACAUUUUGAAUUUGCAUAUGUUUGACCAUCGUGAUCGUCUUGAAUUU